GAAGAGACAGAAAUGUGGAAAAUAAGGGAGUGGGAGAAGCAGACAGAAGAGACUUACUGGAAAAGGCAAAGCAGAAUGCUGUCGAAUGCCUCCAGUCGGAUGCGCAGUGAUGGCUUUGAUGAGGAGGGCCACAGGGCUGACUGGAAAACAAAGAACUCUCAAUUUCUUGAUCCAGUUGAAGAUGAUCUCCUUAGGGCCCGAUCCUGGAAUAAAAAGCUGUAUGAGUGUGAAGCCAACAUGCCAGACAGAUGGGGUCACAGUGGCUAUAAAGAGUUGUACCCUGAAGAAUUUGAUAUGGAUAGUGACCAGCAAGGAGGAGAUGAACAAAACACUAUCAAUGGGAAGAAGAAAUCUCAUCUGGAAAAGCAAACUGCUCAUGAGUCGCACAAGCGGAAAAAAACAAAGAAGUCGCACAAGAAGAAGCAAAAAAAGCGAUCACACAAAAAGCGAAAGAAAAAGGAGCAGGGGAAAACAUCUUCAGAUUCCUCCCGGGAGAGCGAGUGCUCAGAAGAGGAUACUUCGAGCACCCGGAAAGGGAAACACAAGCGCAAGAAAAAGACUAGGAGAGUGCCUGCCAAGGAACCUACCUCUUCUUCUGGGCAGGAAAGUGACUUUUCUCAUGCAAGCAACUCAACCACCAGCAGCUCUGAGGACAGUGCAUCUGAGGAGAAAAAAGAGAAACGGCCCCCAAAAAAGAGAAAGAAACGUCACAAUUCUGUGUCAGAGAGACACAGUGAAGUACCAGAGAAGAGGAGUAAGAGGAAGAACUGGAAAGUGGCCACUGAUGAAAAAUCGGAGGAGAGCUCAGAUGAGGACUGA